UCCUCCUCCCCUCAGCGCGUAUUUAUCCGAGGCUCGGCCGCGGCUGCGCUCACUCGGCUCGCUCGCCCUAUCGCUCGCCGCCCGCUGCCGGUCCGAGCAGGAACAUGGCUGCGAACCGGGUGCUCGUGUACGGCGGGAGAGGCGCCCUGGGCUCCAAGUGUGUCCAGCAUUUCAGGUCCAGGGGAUGGUGGGUCGCUUGCAUCGACAUGGCUGCAAACGACGAGGCUAAUGAGAACGUGAUAGUGAAGCUGAGCGAGUCUCUCACCGAGCAGGCAGAUCAGGUGACUGCAGACGUGGCCCAGUUGCUAGGGGAACAAAAAGUGGAUGCCAUCUUGUGUGUGGCAGGAGGAUGGGCGGGAGGAAAAUGCAGUUCCAAAGAUUUAUACAAAAACACAGAUCUGAUGUUGAAACAGAGUGUGUGGACCUCCACUAUCUCCAGCCGCCUCGCCGCUCUGCACCUGAAACCGGACGGACUGUUGACUUUGGCCGGAGCUAAAGCAGCCCUCUCCGGCACCGGAGGCAUGGUGGGCUAUGGCAUGGCCAAAGCUGCCGUCCACCAGCUGUGUCAGAGUCUGGCGGAAAAGAACAGUGGGAUGCCACCAGGAGCCGCUGCUGUGGCCAUACUCCCGGUUACCUUGGAUACGCCGAUGAACAGGAAGUUCAUGCCUGACGCUGACUUCAGUUCCUGGACGCCGCUGGAGUACAUCGCAGAAAUGUUUUUCGACUGGGCCACGGGGUUGAACCGGCCGGCGUCAGGAAGCCUGAUGCAGCUGCUGACCUCCGGGGGCGAAACCAAGGCUGUGGCCACUUAGUAGAGGACAGAGUGGAGCUGCGGAGAUGGUGAUUUUGGGGGGGGGGUUGUAGGGAUGGAGAGAUUAAGAUGGAUGGAAGCAGAGAGAUAGAGACAGGAGAGGAGGAGGAGGAUGUGGGGAAGGAGUGUUAGAGAGAGAGGAGGAGUGAUGAAGAGGGUUGGAAGGUGUAGAGGUGAAGAGGAGAGAUGCUGACAGAGAGGAGCUAAAUAAAAUAGGGAGGGGGAGAGGAGACGGCCAGAUGGGUUUUGUUUUGGAGCGGAGAGGAGGGUGGGGGCGCUUUCUUUGCAAAAGCAGCCUCACAGCGCCAUCUAGCUGUAGGUCUCGACAAUUUUCCCACUGUAGCGGUCAAUCCAACUGUGUUAAAACUUUCAUGUUAAUACACCACUGGCAAACGUGGGACGCACACCCAAGGGUGAACUUUUCCGUCUUUAACAAAAAUGUAUUCAAAGUACGCAGAAUCAUUUCAGAGAUCAGUGAAGUGAGGCUGGCCUAAAUGAGAAUCGCGUCAUAUUAACAUGUCCGUGCGUUUCUUUUUGGUCGGGCUAGUGUGGAAGCAGCCUCCACUUAAGAUGCAUAUACAUUUUCUGAUACCAUGCCAUUGUAAUUCUGUGUCAUAACAGUGUUGUUAUUAUAAUGUGGGAACUGGCAGAAAACGAAUGAGCCCUGUAUUAACUUUUUUCUCUCUUUCCCCUGUACUUCUCUUUCAUACGGACCCCUGUCCCUCUCAAAUGAAUUUCAAUGGUAAUAACAGUAAUUUUCUGCAGCGCCCGUGAAAUUCAGCACCUACAGUGUCGGCCCUACGUGACAUGUGAGAUCUGUCGACCUUUUUUAGUUUGCAGCGUUUAGCGUCCCUGAAGGUCCUCUGCCACUGCGGAGCCUCCAAAAGUCGAAGAAAGCCGCUGUCUUCUCUCAAACGUACAAUACGCUUUAAAGUGGAGUGGCCUUAUUUUCUGUUUGUGACUAUCAGGUCAAAGUGCCCUUGGUGUCAGCGGUAUGAAAAAGGUUCUCUGUUCCUGUGGGGUUUUCUAAGUAGUGUAUUGUAACUGUGUCAAAAUUCUCAAUAAAAUGAGUCAAAAUGAAAGAUC